AUGAAGGCCAGCAGCGGGACCACCUGUUGCGGAUCAGUAGUGGACUUGAGUAAAUUACACCCGCUGGAUGAUGAGAGGUCUCAGCCCACGCUCUCAUCACAGGAGUGGAGCCCAAUCAGUACAGAGCAGCGGAGGAGAAGUGGGUAUAUAGAUCCAGUGAAGGUGGGAACUUUGCUGAGCAGUGAUCUGAAACUGGGGAAACUUGAAAAAGCAAAUAUGGCUUCUAGAGUUGUGCUUCUAGGCAUCUUGUUUGGCGUGCUCAUCCCGGUGGAUAUGGUCCCCGUUAAGAAUUCCACUGGAGUACAUGAGGGCAAACUGAGACUGAAAAGGAAAUACUCUGGUGAGCUCUUUGAAGAAGAUGAGCUCAUGGACCGAGAUGAAAUGACUGCAAUGGAUCAGAUCCUAGAAGUCAACAGCAGGCUGCGGGUGCCCACAGGACUGCCAUUCAGAGAAGGAGAUAUUGCCUAUUCAUACGUGCGCAGUGCCAUAAACUGCCCUGGGAAUGCCUGUCUGUGGCCUAAAUCAAUUGAUGGAUUUGUUUACGUUCCCUACAUCCUCUCUCCUGUAUACGAUGAUAUGGACAGAAUUACAAUAGAAACAGGAAUGCAAGAAAUUUCCUCUGGAACCUGCAUCAAAUUUAUUCCUCGCACUCAUGAGGCCAGCUUCCUCGACAUCCAGCCUCGUUACGGUUGCUGGUCGUUUCUGGGGCAGACUGGGGGAAGCCAGACCUUGUCACUGCAGACUCCUGGAUGCAUGUGGUCGGGGAUUGCUGCUCAUGAAUUCAUGCAUGCCCUCGGCUUUGUGCACGAGCAAUCCCGCUCGGACCGAGACCACUAUGUCACCAUUGUGUGGAAGAACAUCUUGCCAGAACAAAUACACAACUUCAGGAAACAAGCGACGAACAAUCUGAACAGCCCAUACGACUACAGUUCUGUCAUGCAUUAUGGACGAUAUGCGUUCUCUGAAGAAGGUGGACCAACAAUCAUCCCCAAACCAGACCCUUACAUUCCUAUUGGCCAGCGAGAUGGACCAAGUACACUUGACCUGCAUAAAAUAAAUCUUCUUUAUAGCUGUGGUAUGUAAAAUAACACACAAACAUCUCCAAAAAAAAAAGGAAUUUAAAAUAAUUUUUAAUCUGCUUGAUUGUUUUUUCUCACUUCCAGGUGCUAAUGAGUAAUGAAUUUCAACAUCUCAGCAGUACGGUCCUGCGAGAUGUGUGAAGUACAUAUUCUCGAGUAAAUGUUGCAGAACUCAAGAUAAAUUAUUUUUGCAGUAGAUGUGCUUUUAUUACCAAGAGGUCUAAUUUUUUUUAAAAUUGUGUUUAUUGUUUUUAGUGCAAGGCCAUUGAAUUGCUAAUACAAUAUAUACCCUCCGUGAAUAAACAUACUCAGUGCCGAAGCUCUAGAUAAUUGUUUCAAGUGUCUUAAAAAAUAAUUCUGUACCAUCCUCUCUGUCAUUUCCACUAUUCUGUCCGCUUAAAUAAAGAAAAUG